CCACGCACCCCCUAUGCAGUCUCUUUCCACGGCCACAAAACCACCGUGAGUGUCUAACUCACUGUUCUUGAAAAACUUUGAAAAAUACAUAAAAAAUAUAAAAAGAAUAAAACCUUCAUAAAAAGAAACGAAGCGUUUAAAUUGAUAAAAUAUACAAGUUAAAAAAUAGUAAAAGAAAAAAAAGAGACCUCUGGUCCUAAAAAGAAAUAUCUUUUUUUUUUUAAAGUUUAUCUUUUAUUUUCUUUAAGCCGUUCCUUGUCCUAGGUGGUUUAUUUUGGAUCAAACGCUCCCCUUAGCUACAUUUUCGAAAGGAAAUUCUUUGACGUUUGACGCUCGAGAUAUGAACACAUCGACCGGGAGUUAUCCGAUGGCUUCUCUUUACGUUGGCGACCUGCACCCUGACAUCACGGAGGCGAUGUUAUACGAGAAAUUCAGCCCAGCCGGACCGGUGCUGUCCAUUCGGGUCUGCCGAGACAUGAUCACCCGGCGGUCCUUGGGGUACGCUUAUGUCAACUUCUCCCAGCCUGCUGACGCCGAACGAGCCUUGGACACGAUGAACUUUGACGUGGUGAAAGGAAAGCCAAUCAGAAUCAUGUGGUCCCAAAGAGACCCCUCCCUCAGGAAGUCUGGAGUGGGCAACGUCUUUAUCAAGAACCUUGACAAGUCCAUUGAUAACAAAGCGCUGUAUGACACCUUCUCUGCCUUUGGAAACAUCCUGUCCUGCAAGGUGGUGUGUGAUGAAAAUGGCUCCAAGGGCUACGCCUUCGUCCACUUUGAGACCCAGGAUGCUGCUGACCGUGCCAUCGAGAAAAUGAACGGCAUGCUUUUGAAUGACCGCAAGGUGUUUGUAGGUCGCUUCAAAUCUCGCAAGGAGCGUGAGGCCGAGCUGGGUGCUAAAGCCAAGGAGUUCACAAAUGUCUACAUCAAGAACUUUGGUGACGAUAUGAAUGAUGAGCACCUUAAGGAGCUUUUUGACAAAUAUGGCAAAACACUUAGCGUGAAAGUGAUGACAGACCCUACUGGCAAAUCCAGAGGCUUUGGAUUUGUUAGUUAUGAGAAGCAUGAGGAUGCUAACAAGGCUGUGGAGGAGAUGAACGGCACAGAUCUCAAUGGCAAGACUGUGUUUGUGGGACGAGCUCAGAAGAAAAUGGAGCGACAGGCAGAGCUGAAGCGCAAGUUUGAGAUGCUGAAACAGGAGAGAAUCAGCCGCUAUCAGGGAGUUAAUCUUUACAUCAAGAAUCUAGAUGACACCAUAGAUGAUGAAAAACUGCGUAAGGAGUUUUCACCUUUUGGAUCAAUCACAAGCACAAAGGUGAUGCUGGAGGAGGGUCGCUCCAAGGGCUUUGGCUUUGUUUGCUUCUCUUCUCCCGAGGAGGCCACCAAAGCGGUAACUGAGAUGAACGGACGAAUCGUCGGUUCCAAACCGCUCUAUGUGGCUCUUGCUCAGCGCAAAGAGGAGCGUAAAGCCCAUCUCACCAACCAGUACAUGCAACGCAUCGCUGGCAUGAGAGCCAUGCCGGCCAACGCCAUCAUUAAUCAGUUCCAACCCACCAGUGGCUACUUCAUGCCGACCGUGCCACAGGCCCAGAAUAGAACUACUUACUACGCACCCAAUCAGAUGGCCCAAAUGCGACCAAAUCCCCGGUGGCAACAAGGUGGUAGGGGUCAAGGUGGUUUCCAGGGGAUGCCCAGCUCACUGCGACAACCAGGUCCGCGUUCCAACCUGAGACACAUGUCUCCCAACAACACGCAGGGCCCAAGAGGUUCCGGCCAAAGCCUUGGUCCUCGUCCCUCAAUGGGAUUACCAGGGCCUCGCACCAUGCCUCCUUACAAAUAUGCCGCUGGUGUACGCAACCCUAAUCCUCAGGUGGUGCAACCUCUUGCCUUACAGCAGACUCAGCCAGCUGUCCAUGUUCAGGGUCAGGAACCACUGACGGCUUCCAUGCUGGCUUCUGCGCCACCACAGGAGCAGAAGCAGAUGCUCGGGGAACGUCUCUUCCCACUGAUUCAGGCCAUGCACGCCAACCUUGCAGGAAAGAUCACAGGCAUGUUGCUUGAGAUCGACAAUUCGGAACUGCUACAUAUGUUGGAAUCUCAUGAGUCAUUGCGUUCAAAGGUGGAAGAAGCUGUUGCGGUGCUGCAGGCCCACCAAGCAAAGAAAGAUGCCACUCAGAAAGUAGGCGGCAUGACUAAUACCGGUGCUGCUACCACAUCUUGAAUGAUUCAUUCAAACUGAGCAGAUUGAGCUGUGGAGAAAUCGCUACACUGAAACCAGACAAGUUUAGAACAAUUCUGAAAAAUAAAAAAAAGGGAAAAAAAAAGGAAAAUUUAAUUUUAAAAUACACUUAAAUAUUUCAGGAGAAAGUGACAGGUAUUUAUUUUCUAAAUCUAAUAAACUGCACACCAAACAGUAUGCAGUCAUGAAGUAAGACUUCAAGAAAAUUCCAAAAAAGAAAAUGACCCUUGAACUUUUACUUUGCCUGUUAUGUUUGAUUUGGAAUGGUUGGUUUCUGCAUCCCAUUAUAUUAUUGUGGGUUUGUGGUAUUUCCAAUAAAGAAAUGAUGAAUACUUUUAA